AAGAGCAAAAUGCAGCUCAAGCUAUAAACGUGGUGGAGCUUAGGCCGGCCUUCUAAGUUUUACUUGGAAGAAUUAUUUUUUGCAUCAUUCGCAAGAUAAAUACACUCUCGCCUUUUGAAUUUGAUACGUGCAGUGGAAGCCCGGCUCUCAGUCUGCAGCCAAAUGGAGGCGGGCAGCGAAAUCAGAGAAAUCCAAGAGACGAACCCAAAUCCCAAAGAAUCUUCACAGAAUGCUCCGAAUCCGGGCCCGAAACCUAAAACGGUCAGGACAAAGGUGCCGGAGGUCGAGAUCCACCUCUACCGACGAGGCAAGGGUCCUAUCGACGUGUUCAAGGCGAGUUUGGGAGGGUGGGACCAGGACCAGCUGGAGGUUCGAGAUAUCCUCGAGAAGUACGGGUUCAAGUCGGUCUAUGCAUUCAAUCCUGCCUCCGGCAGGGCCGCUCCGAUCAGGUUCAAUCGGAGGAAUGGAAGGUCUAUGAUUGGAUAUAGAGAUGGAUCCGUGAUUUGCAUUGAUGGAGAGCCAAAGGACUCCAUGAUCAAACCUGUGACCAAGAUACUGUUUGGGGUAGCAGUGAUAACUCUUUUCAUAACAAUGGCAGUGAAAGAUCCUCCUGAAUGGAUCAAAAAAUCAAACUUUUUCGGUGGAAGCUUCUCCCCAUGGAUCCUUGCUUGUGCAGUUAUUGUUUUUACUCGCAUGAGGAAGAGAACUAGCGACUUCUUAAAGAAGCAAGGCUGGUAAAUCCAUUCCUUUUUGUGUGGGUUGGGGAGAGGGUGUGCUUGAAGUGAAUUUCAGUAUAGAAAAACCAUGAUAGAUGUGAAAACAAUAUUACUAAGCAUCAGUUUCAUUAUGGUUUGAGGAGAUAAUUGAAGACUUCAUUUAUAAAUCAUAAAUAGAGCCAGAAAUAAUUAGGUUCAAAUACUUCCACCAUCAAUGUCUCUCCAACUGCUACAGAAUUUUUUUGUUGAAUUCCUUUCUCGGCUGUGUGGUUUGAAUUUGAUAGUGAAAUCUAACUUGCAAAGUUGUUAUAUUCUAUUAUUGUUCUAUUAAGUUGCA